AUGACUGAAUCACUGUGCUGUAUAGACUUAGAAAAGCCUACAUAUAGAAGCCUCAACGUUUUAGUUUGUGGAGGUUGGGGACACGAUGAAGAUGAAGACGAUCACGGUCAUUUAACAUUUAUCGCUACUCCAGUAGAUCAUGGAGGCGGGCAUGGAGGUGGGCAUCGUGGAGAUGAAGGGGACGAUGGUGGACACGGUGGACACGGAGAUGACCAUGGCCAUUUAACCUUUGUAGCUACUCCUGUUUUAGUAGAUUACGGAGGUCAUGGAGACGAUGAUGGAGGGGGUCAUGGAGGCGGCCAUGGUGGUGACGGCGGAGGUGGUCAUGGUGGUGUCGGCGGAGGUGGUCAUGGUGGUGACGGCGGAGGUGGUCAUGGUGGAGACGGCGGAGGUGGUCAUGGUGGAGGUGGCCACGGUGGUGGCGGCGGUGGCGGCCAUGGUGGUGGUGGUGGCGGCGGUGGUGGCCAUGGUGGACAUGGAGAAGACCACGGACAUUUAACCUUUGUUGCCACUCCUGUUGUUAUAAGUCAUGGUGGUCAUGGAGGUGGUCAUGGAGGUGGUGAUGGAGGUGGUAACGGAGGUGGUCAUGGUGGUGGUCAUGGAGGUGGAAAUGGAGGGGGCCAUGGAGGUGGUCAUAGCGGUGGUCAAGGAGGUGGCGGUGGAGGCGCCCAUGGUGGUGGUCAUGGGGCUGCAGGAGGCGCAGGAGGGCAUGGUGGAAAUGGAGGAGGCCAUGAAGGUGGUCAUGGUGGCAGUAAUGGAGGCGGCCAUGGAGGUGUAGGUGGUCAUGGCGGUGGUAACGGAGGCGGCCAUGGAGGCGGAGGUGGUCAUGGUGGUGGUAACGGAGGCGGCCAUGGAGGCGGAGGUGGUCAAGGAGGAGCAGGGGGACUUGGUGGAGGUCACGGUCAUUUAGCCAUUGUUGCUAUCCCUGUUGUUGAAAAUCAUGGAGGUGGUCAUAAUGGAGGCAACGGCGGCGGCCAUGGAGGCGGAGGUGGUCAUGGAGGUGGACAUGGUGGUGGUCACGGUGGCGCAGGAGGAGCAGGAGGAGCAGGGGGACAUGGUGGAGGUCACGGUCAUUUAGCCAUUGUUGCUAUCCCUGUUGUUGAAAAUCAUGGAGAUGGUCAUAGUGGUGGUAAUGGAGGCGGACAUGGAGGUGGUAGUGGAGGUGGACAUGGAGGAGGGAAUGGAGGUGGCCAUGGAGGUCAUGGAACUGGACAUGCUGGUGGUAACGGAGGUGGUCAUGGAGGUGGUAAUGGAGGCGGACAUGGAGAUGGUAGUGCCGGCGGCCAUGGAGGUGGUAAUGGAGGUGGCCAAGGAGGCGGACAUGCUGCUGGUACCGGAGGCGGUCAUGGAGGUGGUGAUGGAGGUGGUGAUGGAGGUGGUCAUGGAGGCGGAGGUGGGGCAGGAGGAGCAGGGGGACAUGGUGGGGGCGGAAAUGGUCAUGGUCAUUCUGCUUAUUUUCUACACCCGGAACCUGCAGCUCAUAAAGCAUUUAUUGUUACUCCAAUUCAUCAUGGCGGUCAUGAUCAUCAUUAA